AGGCUCGUUACCCUUUCCUUCAAACAUUUGGGCUUUUAGGGAUAAUCAAUCAUUUCUACAAAUACCAAUACAUUCUUAUCAUAAUUCUGAUUAUGUAAAAUGUAUUUCCAAACACAUAAGACUCUGCAUCUCUUUAGAUGCCGGCUCAGAAGAAACUCGUUGAACAGAUCCACUUCUGUUUGAGUUCAUCAUCUUUACACAGUCUGCAUAUCUGCGCCUAAAUGUGACCAAAGCUUAUUUUUAAGUCUAUUUUCUUCCUUUGUACACGCCUAACUACAGUAGGAUCUUGGGCCUGAGCUAUGGGGGUCGAGCAUAUCAAGAGUCAUGUGCACCUGCACCUCAGGCCUGCCUGUCUAACUUGCUCUCACCUUACCUGUGUUAACCUAACUUAGUUUGGAGCAGGUGUGGUGAUGAGUGAAGCGACGUCUGACACAACACCCAACACUUAGAACCCAGAAAAUUUCUAUUUUUGUGUAGAGUUGCACGUAGUUACAGAGUUACAUGUAACUCGAUGUAGAGGCAGGUGGGGCACUGUGGAAUCUAGUGUGGUGUAUCAGUCUAGGGUGGAGUGGUCACGCCCCUAAUUAUGUAUAACUUAUUAUGCCUUAAAAACGUUUGAGUUAUAUACAAAUUCCCCCUCUGUAAAGUUGUCAUGGAGGGGGGGGGGGGGGGAUUAGCUAUGAAGACCAGAACGGUUUUUUUGUACCCGUCUGUAAACAUGUAUAUUUCUGCUCUAGUUGGGCACUUUAAUAACAUGGGUCUAUGGAGACGGCCUUCUGGAGCCUCUAGUGGCCAUUCAAGGAACUGCAGUCUUUGACACGUUGGCUUCAGGCUCAUGGCCGGCAGCAGCACUCAGCGUCCCAUCACAGGAUCUAGUAUUUGUAGCCUAUAUACACAGAACAAUUUACAGGAAAAUAAAGUACAACAAAGAUGAAGUAAAUAUUAUGUUCUUACAGGUAGGGUUAUGGUUUAUAUAUAAAAAUAAAAAGCAACAAUGACCAACAAUACAUAAUGUCUACAUACAAGUUAAAUGUUUCUGUAAAGAGACAGUGCAAAUUAGUAAAUAUCAGCUAUGUAAUGUAAUAGAUUACAUUAUGAGUUGGUUCUGUACACUUAUAUGCAAUGAUAUUUAUGAAUGCUAUGUGAAUGUUAUGCCUCCUGUGGUGUAUGGUGUUGGUCAGCCUAACAUCUUGAACAGCAUGCUUAUUAUUUUGCUAAAUAAUACUCGUAUUUGUGGUAAGAUUAAACUGAGGUAAAUUGUGUCAGAGAAAAAAGAGCCUUUGGUUGUAUUAGUAUACAGCUUGAUGAGAGAUUGACACACUUUGAUCGACAUGCCAAAUGAGCAUCUAACUACAGGUCUAAGUAGCGUAUAGGAGCAGCAUAUGACUUGUUUUCAAAAGGUCAAUGACCAAAAGAUAUGUAGUCAAACUGUACUGUAUCUGAAACCACCUGUGAACCCUGUUUUAAAUGAAGUAAUUUGUCAGUGUUUGCCAAUUAUAGCUAACCAGUGAAGUCUGCCUGUCUCCAUAACAGGCUGAUUAAUAAUUAAGCUUCAAGCUGACAGCACAGAUUCACAUACCUCUGUCAGGUCUCUGACUCACUACAAGUCCUACACAGAAGAGACGCAGCAGAACUGAGUGUGUGAGAAGAUUGGAACCAGCAUGUCUGCCACUCUCACGACAGGCAGCAGCUCCUCGGGGUUCACCUCUGCAGCCCCUCCCAGCACAGAGCUCAGUGUGGAAGCUGCUGACAUCGCUGUGGUUGUCCUCUACUUUAUUUUUGUCAUGGUGGUUGGAAUCUGGUCAUCGGCCAAAGCUAAUCGCAGCACUGUGAGGGGAUACUUCUUGGCUGGCCGUUCAAUGACCUGGUGGCCUAUUGGAGCCUCUCUGAUGUCCAGUAAUGUCGGCAGCGGCUUGUUUAUUGGUCUAGCGGGGACAGGAGCAGCCGGAGGCAUUGCUGUUGGGGGAUUUGAGUGGAAUGCAGCGUGGGUCCUGGUAGCACUGGGUUGGAUCUUCAUUCCUGUCUACAUCUCUGCUGAUGUGGUGACCAUGCCCGAAUACCUGGCCAAACGCUUUGGAGGCCAGAGGAUACGCAUAUACAUGUCUGUUCUGUCACUCAUCCUCUACAUCUUCACCAAAAUAUCUACAGAUAUAUUUUCGGGGGCAUUGUUUAUACAGGUGUCGUUGGGCUGGGAUCUCUAUCUGUCUACAGGCAUACUGCUGCUGGUCACUGCUGUUUACACUGUGGCAGGUGGUUUGGCAGCAGUGAUCUACACUGAUGCGCUCCAGACUUUGAUCAUGGUUGGGGGUUCCUUUGCAUUAAUGUUCAUAGCAUUCUCUGAAGUUGGCUGGUAUGAGGGCCUUGUUGGCCGUUAUAUGUCGGCAGUUCCCUCGGUGAUAGUCACCAACACCACCUGCCACCUCCCUCGUAGUGAUGCCUUCCGCCUGUUCAGAGACCCUGUGUCAGGGGACUUACCCUGGCCAGGUCUGCUGUUUGGGCUCACCGUACUGUCUACAUGGGUCUGGUGCACGGAUCAGGUUAUAGUCCAGAGGUCUCUGUCAGCUAAGUCUUUGUCUCAUGCCAAAGCAGGCAGUGUGUUGGGAGGCUACCUCAAACUGCUGCCCAUGUUCUUCAUCGUCAUGCCAGGCAUGAUCAGCCGAUCACUGUUCCCAGACGAGGUAGGUUGUGUGGAUCCAGCAGUGUGUCAGAGUGUGUGUGGUGCUUCAGUUGGUUGCUCCAACAUCGCCUACCCUAAACUAGUGGUGGAGCUAAUGCCUGUGGGUCUUCGUGGUCUGAUGCUGGCUGUGAUGUUAGCUGCUCUGAUGUCAUCUCUGACUUCCAUAUUUAACAGCAGCUCCACUCUGUUCACUCUGGACCUCUACCACAGAGCCAGGCCUUCAGCUUCAGAGAUGGAACUCAUGAUAGUUGGAAGGGUGUUCAUCCUGACUUUGGUGUGUGUAAGUCUGUUGUGGAUUCCAGUCAUCCAAACAGCCAAUAGUGGACAGCUGUUUGAUUAUAUCCAGUCAGUCACCAGCUUUCUCGCUCCUCCCAUUACUGCUGUCUUCCUAAUGGCUAUAUUGUGGCCCCGUGCCAACGAGCAGGGUGCAUUCUGGGGUCUGAUGGCUGGACUUGUGGUGGGACUGAUCCGCAUGUUUCUGGAGUUCUUCUAUAUACCUCCUUCCUGCGGUCAGCCUGAUCAUCGUCCUGCCUUCCUGGCUCAGGUCCAUUACCUGUACUUUGCUCUCAUCCUGUUGGCUCUCACCUGCCUUAUCAUUGUUGCAGUCAGCUUGGCCACUGCCCCAAUACCUAAAGAACACCUGUACAGGCUGACCUGGUGGUCCAGAUAUAGCCAUGAGCAUCGGAUCGACCUCACAGGUUCCCAGAUGACCUCUGACCCAGUGAACUCUGACCGCUUGCCAGAAUCCUGGUGCCGAAGAGCUGCUCUGCGGCUCUGUGGUCUGACCGCUUCGAGCUCCGGCUCUGAGUCUCCAGUGAUCAGCGAGCUGAACUCCCUGCAGGAGGAGCCGCUCUGGAGAAAAGUCUGCAAUGUGAACGCCCUGCUGCUGCUGGCAGUUAAUGUGUUUCUCUGGGGAUAUUUUGCCUAAUAACGUGUUAUCAGUAAGGUUAGAUUGAUGUACUGGACUGGAAAACAUUUUUGUUGUAGAAAUGAAAGGCUUGGUCCAGUGGCUUAACCAGCUGCUGUGCUGGAUCUGUUUACAGGUGUCUUCUUGGGAUUAUGUUAGUAAUCAAGUAUUCUGCCGAUUAUUCCAUCGAUUAAUUUCAGUUAUCGAUAACAAAUACUCUUUAUUAAAGAGGAAUAGUAAAUAUAGUGAAAAUAAGACAUAUCUUCUAAAACAACAAGCUUAUUGGUUUCCUUUUUUAGAAAAUUACAUUUGUAUUGCUGAAAUUGCAUACAAUAAUAUUAUCUGUGGAAGGCGAGAUAACCUGUCAGCAUUUCCAAGGAGCUUAGUGCCUUUGCCUUCAUCGGAGGUUGUGAGCUGCUUUGCUGCAGUGAAGGCCUUUGCACAUUCCUCGGUCCACUUCCCUUUGGUGUCCAACGGUUGUAACGUGUAGAAAUGUAGAAACAUUUGUGGUAAUAGCACAUCUGCCUCACAUUUUCUGGAUAUGGAGCAUUCAGGACGGCAUUUCUCUUAUCCUGAGUGUUGUUUUUAAAAAUAAUUAUUAUUUUGGCUUUAUUUAACCAGGUUUGUCCCAUUGAGAACAAAGAUCUCUUUUGCAAAGGAGACCCGGCCAAGAACAGCAGAAACACACAGUUUCAACCAUUAAAAUAAAAGCAUAGGUUGUCUGCAGGAGUCUCACCCCGCACAACUAAGUUUAAACAUUGAGUAUUAUUAUCUCUGUAAAUGUUUUAUACCAUCGCGCCUUGUUUAUGUCAUCUUCUGGGUUAUUAUUUUAUUCUGCUCUGUUCCUACAGAUGGUAAAUCUAAGACAUGAUUCUUAAAUUCUCUCUUUAUUUUGACAUCGGGGAUCAUUCAGGAGGCUCCACACAGUCUCCUUGGGCUGUUUCCUAAAUGCAAUGUUAAAUGAAGCUGUGCCUGGUCAGAAGUGUUCCUAACCUCUAUGUCACAGUAUAAUCCUGUGUCUAUCUAAAUUGAAGAUAAAAAAGUAAUUGAUUCUUCAGUACAUAAAGAAAAAUAAGUAAAAGGCUUAUCCAGUGGGUGUAAUUACCUCCAUAUGUCUGUCAUGUCCAUUGCUUUUAGCAUAUAAUGCUUCAGGUUGUGUGGAUGUGUGAAAAUGUCUGCAGCAAACAUAACACAACACACGAUUCAACGUCCACAAGGGAAGAGACAAAAUGAUGUAUAUUAUAUAAACCCAUGUAUCUCAGUGUUCACAGAUUUGUCUUUGCUUAAGCCAUAGUUUUGCAUUAUUAUUAAAAGAUUUAAAAUCGA